CUCAUGCGCGAGAAUGAUUAAGAUUUAUGUAGAAAUAAUAAUAUACUAUUUAUUUAAAAUAUAAAUUAAAAGUAAUGGCAGAGUGUUUGCAAACGUGGUGUGCAGUGAUUUUAAUAAUUGUGAUGACUCUCGGGGUAAGAGGUCAAAGUAAUGUGAAGCCGAAUAUAGUUUAUAUACUUGCAGAUGACCUGGGCUGGGACGACGUGAGCUUCCACGGCUCGGAGCAGGUGCGCACGCCGAACAUCGACCUGCUGGCGCGCUCGGGCGUGGCGCUCCAGCGCUUCUACUCGCACUGUCUGUGCACGCCAUCGCGAUCGGCGCUGCUUUCUGGAAAACAUGCCUAUACUUUGGGCAUGCAAGGUUAUCCUCUCCUGCAGAGUGAGGACAGAUUUCUAUCGCUAAACGAGAAGAUUUUACCACAAUAUCUGAAGGAGUUGGGUUAUUCGGCGCAUUUGGUGGGAAAGUGGCAUGUGGGUUUGUCUCGGUCGGCGGCUCUGCCCACGGCGCGUGGCUUCGACACACACUUCGGGCACCGAGGCGGAUAUAUUGAUUACUAUGAGUACACGAUUGAGGAGUCGUGGAGCUCUGGGACCGUGUCCGGCUACGACUUGUACAGGAACGAGACUCCCGCGUGGGACUCCACGGGCUAUGUCACCGACCUGUACAGCCGGGAGGCUACAUCAAUUAUCGAAGCUCACGACCCGUCGUCGCCGCUGUUCCUGAUGGUGGCACACAACGCACCCCAUGGCGGCAAUGAUGGCGCCAUCCUGCAGGCGCCGCCAGAUGAGGUGCGCCGCAUGCGCCACAUCGAGUCACAGCAGCGGCGCAUACUAGCAGCCAUGGUUAAAAAACUAGAUGACAGCGUGGGCGAUAUAGUAAAAUCACUUUCCGAUAAAGGGAUAUUGAACAACACUAUCAUAGUGUUCACAUCGGACAACGGUGGCAUGACGUCGGGGCUCUCCCUAAAUUAUGGAUCUAAUUGGCCGUUGAGAGGGAUUAAAAUGUCUCCAUUCGAAGGCGCCGUGAGGGUAGCCGGAUUUUUGUGGAAGGCAAACUUAAAUCCCGUGAGCCGGGCUUGGAAUGGGUAUAUGCAUAUUUCGGACUGGCUCCCGACUUUGCUCCACGCGGUGGGUGCCAACCCUCCGCCAGGUAUAGACGGGUUUAAUCAAUGGGACAACAUUAUUACAAAUGCGCCAUCCAAGCGUAACGAAAUAGUUGAAAUCGAUGACUUCCAAGGUUUCUAUAUGAUUAUAUCGGGAGAGUACAAAUUAAUUACAGGGAGUGUGAUAAAAGAAUACAGUAAUUAUCAGGGCCACGAUCUUAGGGGAAUUAUUGGAAGCCCCCCAUCAUACGUCGAUGCUGUGAAAAACAGCACUGUGUAUUCGGUUCUUCAGAGUAAUGGUCUAGAAGUAAAUAUGGCAGAUGAUGAAAUAAAGAAAAGGCAUAUAGUCGAUUGCUUAAAAAGGAGCGAUGAACGAGAUGUGUCAUUAUGUUACCCUGAAAAUGGAACCGUCUGUCUCUACAAUGUCAUUGAAGAUCCUUGCGAAACGAAGGACAUUUCAAAACUAUAUCCAGACAUCGUGCAGCAACUGCUUCAAAAAUUGGAAACUGAGAAGAAUAGAACAAUACCUAGGAUGCCCUUGGUGCGAGACCCUAAGUCUCAUCCGAGCCAGUUUAACUAUGCCUGGUCGACUUGGGCAGAUCAUAUUAAAUAAAUCACGUCACAAUUAUUGCAGGUGGUCUAACUACUUAUGUGCAUGUGUAUGAGGAUCAAUAGUAACCUAGUUAUUACGACACAUGUGAG